AUGCUGCUCAUACUAUUCGCACUCGUUGGCCUUAUUACUGCUCAAGGAAGAGGAUACGGAAAUCAAAAUGCCGGUUACGAAGAGGCUGAAGUCAGACAACCCCCACCUCCACCGAUGAGCUCAUCUGGAGGAGAUCAACAAGCCUAUAAUACUGAAGGAGGAAGCGGAGGUGCUGCCGGAGGUGGACAAGGAGGAGGUGGUGGA